AAACAAGAUUUUUUAAAGUGAAGAAAACUAGAAAUAAGAAAGAGAAGCAAAAAGAAAAAGCAAAAAACAAUAAAGGACAAAAAGAAGAAACAGCAAUUAUACAGCAAAUUAAAAAACACCAAAGCAUAUUGCAAGAAAUAUUAAAGAAACUUGACAGACUUGAUAAUAGGCAGAGUAAUUCUGCCUAUAGCUCCUAA